CAGCCGGACGGAAAUAUGCCGUCUGACAAGACGAUCGGAGGAGGAGACGACUCCUUCAACACCUUCUUCAGUGAAACAGCAUCAGGAAAGCAUGUUCCCAGAGCCAUCUUUGUCGACCUGGAGCCCACCGUCAUCGAUGAGGUGCGUACAGGAACCUACCGGCAGCUGUUCCACCCUGAACAGCUGAUCACAGGAAAAGAAGACGCUGCCAACAACUACGCCCGAGGACACUACACCAUCGGCAAGGAGAUCAUCGAUCUGGUUCUAGACAGGACUCGUAAACUGGCUGACCAGUGCACCGGCCUGCAAGGAUUCCUCAUCUUCCACUCCUUUGGAGGAGGCACCGGCUCUGGUUUCACCUCCCUGUUGAUGGAGAGACUCUCUGUCGAUUAUGGAAAAAAGUCCAAGCUUGAGUUCGCCAUCUACCCGGCCCCCCAGGUCUCCACAGCAGUAGUGGAGCCUUACAACUCCAUCCUGACCACCCACACCACCCUGGAGCACUCCGACUGUGCCUUCAUGGUGGACAACGAGGCCAUCUACGACAUCUGCCGCAGGAACCUGGACAUUGAGAGGCCCACUUACACCAACCUGAACAGGCUCAUCGGCCAGAUUGUGUCUUCAAUCACGGCCUCCCUUCGCUUCGAUGGAGCCCUGAAUGUGGACCUGACAGAGUUCCAGACCAACUUGGUGCCGUACCCUCGUAUCCACUUCCCUCUGGCCACCUACGCCCCGGUCAUCUCUGCAGAGAAAGCCUACCACGAGCAGCUCUCUGUUGCUGACAUCACCAACACCUGCUUCGAGCCGGCCAAUCAGAUGGUGAAGUGUGACCCUCGUCACGGUAAAUACAUGGCCUGCUGUCUGCUGUAUCGUGGAGAUGUGGUGCCAAAAGACGUCAACUCUGCCAUCGCCGCCAUCAAGACCAAGCGCACCAUCCAGUUUGUGGACUGGUGCCCCACAGGCUUCAAGGUGGGCAUCAACUAUCAGCCUCCAACAGUGGUUCCUGGAGGAGACCUGGCCAAGGUGCAGAGGGCCGUGUGCAUGCUGAGCAACACCACGGCCAUCGCUGAGGCCUGGGCCCGUCUGGACCACAAGUUUGACCUCAUGUAUGCCAAGAGAGCCUUUGUCCACUGGUAUGUUGGAGAGGGGAUGGAGGAAGGAGAGUUCUCAGAGGCCAGGGAAGACAUGGCUGCCCUGGAGAAGGAUUACGAAGAGGUCGGUGCAGACAUCGUGGAGGAUGAAGGAGAAGACGAUUACUGA